AUGUUGAAUCAUAUUACUUACCAGGUACAAGACAACCGCAUGUUGAAAUCUACGGCCAUGGCCCGCCUGCACCGUCCAGACAAGAUCCCGCACUCGACAUCAACAAUCCAGGUUCGACUCCGGCAAGAGGCCGGGCCGCAUAUCGCGGCAAACGCCAGAGUGACCCCUAUGUUCCUCAGACGGCGAAAGCGCCGCUACCCAAACCGAGAAGACCUGGGCCUAUGUGAGCCUUUCUUCCGUCAGACCUCCAAUUCAUCUGUAAACUGA